CUAAAGGUUUGUCACUUCCUAGUGUUGCGUUCAAUGACACUGCGUCGCGGUGUCAACUGUGACCUCGUCUGGUAUGACCAAAAGUCAUAGACAAGCAAACAACACGACUGCGCUGUUUGUUCUCUCGCUCGGUCAAAUGUGACAUGAAGGGCGAGAUAAUAUUUCAAGCGGUGAGGGACGACUGGCAGGUUGAGGUGAGUUUAUACGAGUGGGCACAAAUUUGGAGGAGAAGCAAAUUGGAACCAGCAGAGAACCCGGCAGCGAACCCCUCUGACCGAAUGAAUGGCCUCAAGACAGGGAGACAUGCCAGCUCUAGAAUCUGGAUCGUCAUCCGGACUCUUCGGUGCACUGUCGUUUCCGGUUGGACUGACCCGACAUAAUAUGUGCUACGACGAGCAAAUGGAUGUCCCGAUGCAUUCCCCACCUGCGGACUUUGCAGUUAACAGUUUAUGGACAGACCCCGUCAUCCCAAAUCACAAGUUCAGGAAGAUCACAGAGGAACGUGAGAAGAGUGGAAAGAUGACUGAGGGAUUGGAGCCAGCCAAGUCUCCAGUCCCCGUUGUGAAAGCCAAAGCCAGCUCUUUCAUGAGCUCUCUCACCAGAAAGCAGACCCAAGAGAACCUCCAAAGUUUUGAGCACCAGGCAGGGCUGACCGACACUGGGUACACCCCCCAUAAGGGCCUGUCUGCUGAGGAGACUCGCUUUCGCCGUCUGAUUGACGGCACACAACCCAAGCUGAAAAUGUCAAUCGGGGACUUCAAAGACGACAGGCUUACAACAUCAGCACAAUCCACUCCAAGUGGGACCCCCUGCGUCACCCCCUCGGUCACUCCGUCCGUCACCCCCUGCGUCAGUCCCCUCGCAUCACCUGCUGUCGCCCGCAGGAGCUGGUUCCAGCGGAAUCCUGUUCCCUUUCUCAGCUUAGAACCCAACAGUCCUGACCACACAACAGACAUGGGAGGAAACCAGGGAGGAGAAGACAGGUGGAGCUUCUUUGGGACUCGCUCAGUGGUACAGAAGUCCCCCACUCACCCAGGCUCUGAACCCAACUCAGGCUUUUCACUUCAGUCCUACUUUGGCCUGCAGAAGUCUUCGACCAUUGCAGGCACCGGGGGCCAGGACAGCCUCACCGUGGGGGACACUGCCAGCCUCAUGCCACCCAAGAUUGACAUUUCUGGCAUUGACCCCAAGCAGGUGCCCCCACGGCCACACAAACUUAAACCGCGGGACAUGAAUGUCUUAACACCUUCUAGCUUCUGACCAGACGCACAAUUACGUCUCUGUCCCCCUCAGUCAUGUGCUUCCCUGCCUUCCUUCGUCCCCUUGGCAGACCACCCACCCCUCUGUCAUAUCAGUUCACCGCCAUAGUAUUAGAUAUGACCGCACUGUUACUACUUCCAUGGGACUGCAGUCUUGCACUGUACUCCAAUUCUUCCAAGUAAUCGGAUCAAAUUAUGUGGAACAAAAUGUUCAAUAUCCCGCACAAGCAUAUUACCAUCGAUGUACAAUGACUUAUUUUAGUAGGAUGAUGCGUUGGCGUGCAUAAACAUGGCAUGAGAUUGAAGUGGUCAACCUUCUCUCUUUUUCAGAGCACAACCUCAUAGUAAAUUUGUUCUGUUGUAUUUUGUUAAGACAUCAAAGAUUUGUCCUCCCGCUUCGUGUUGGGUGUAAAAACUGACAGAAGCAAAAACAUGUACAUUCAGGACUACGACUUCAUGUUAAUGCAAUUCCCAUAGUUCAUAUUCUAAGUAUGUUGUGUGUGGAACCUUUUGUAUAGACUCACAAUAGAACUCAUGUUAAGAUACAAAGCAUUGCAGUGGUUGUUUUACAUUCAAUUUUGUAUUUUUUGUCAAAUCUACUGGUCCUUAAAGUUGUAUUGAAAAUUGGUAAUGAGUACUAAAUAAUUGCACAAGGGAGAUUUACCUCCUACUUGCACGUGUAAAUAAAUCUACAUAUGAA